GCUGGUAUGAAGAUGCAGACUGAUCUCAAGAUAGUUGCUUUACUUUUGGUUGUAUACGUGGCAUCCUCACUUGGAGGUAAAGACUAUACUUGAUUAUAUCAAAUGUAUCUAAUAUUCAUUUAAGCUUUUCUCUUUUCCUUUAAAAGUAAAUAAUCAUUUCUCUUUAAUGUUUUAUUUUUUGCACUUAUUUAAUGUUUUUUUUAAAGGAUUUCUUAAAUUUGAAUGAAUUAAUUUGCUGAGUUUUUGUUUUCUUUCCUGGAGUGUGUUAAAUUUUUACGAGGAUAGAAAGAAAAAAAAAAACGUCAAUAACUCUUUAUUAUUUUGUCAAACAGAUAGCAUAAAUUUAAACUAUCCUCCCUUUGAAUUUGAAAAACGAAGUAGAAAAAAAAUGUUCAUGUUGUAAUUAUAAUACGGCCUCAGAUGUUUUGCAAUUUUCAGGUAAAUAAAGGUUGUUUUUUUUGGUCCUUUUUUAACACUUGUUUCGCUACAAACAUCGAUUUGAAUAUGAUCAUUACGAACUAAAAAAUAUCUUUUUGCUUGUAUAGUAAUUUUUGUUGUUCUUUUCUAUGUAUUCUAUGGACAUUUACUUAACAGACGAUGAUAAUAUAUCACUAUCUUGUUUGAGGUAUGAUCUUAUAAUUAUACUAGUUGAUACCUGCCGUAGCAAACAGCGGUGUACGAAUAUAAACGGUGAACGUUGAGAAGGAAAUUCAUGAGCUAAGAAGAAAAAAAUACUUCAUGAAAAAAGUGAACCUCUCUUGCUCAACACAAGAGUUGCGUCUAAAAUAAAUGCAAAUGUCCCUUUCGGCAAGCGGUUCACAUCUUCUCCGACGAAAAUGGCCUCAACAUCGGUGUGACAUGUCGGGACAUAACAUCGUUUUCAACAAAGCCCAGGGUUUUCUUUAAAACCAUUCGGACAUAUACUGUUGUGAUUGGCCUGAGCGAUUUCAAACAUGUGUUGAUAUGAUUAGGGAAGGGGUUCAGGAUUCUAAGCAUGGAAUCUAGCUGGAUGAGUAAAUUUUAGCUGCAUGCAGAAUGUGCUUUAUUUGUUUGAGUUUAUUUCAUUUUAUUCCACUGUGUCCAAAACGUACAACUGUCUAUAUACUGGAAAGAUAGCAGUGUUAGUGUAUAGUGCAGGCAUUUUUUAAUAAAUUUUCCAUUUAGUUGUAGAAAAGCAUGGUCCGUGACCUGGAGGUUGAGUUAUAUGUGCACCCAUGGAAGCAAACGCUAGAGAAGUGUUGUAUUCUCAAAUGUGUCCAUGAUAAUCUUUAGCUUCUGAAGUUUGAUGAGUAAAAAGUUGUUGUAAAGACACUGAUGGCUCCAGCCAAUGUGGUAACCCUACUUUCCAGUCGUGGCAGCAACUUGAAUACUUGCUAGAUGCAUUACACUCAGCAGGUCAGUAUAGCGCAUUAAAGUAUUUUCACUGCUGGCCUGGACUAUUAGUGUUGUACUCUUGUACGGUAAGACAUAAAUUAGGUUAAGUAUUACCCCUGGUACCGAGGAUUGUGUAUAUGUCUGUUGAGACUGCUUUUGUUUGGAAGCGUUGCAUUGUAGAUGUUGCAUCGCAAACGCUGUGAAUGACUUUUGAUGUGCUUCAUAAAAAAAACAUGUAGUGAACAUCUUAUUGCAUUUUUGGCACACGUAUAGUUUCGGCGAGCAAUUUUUUUUUCUUGUGUUUGCAUUUUGCGUUUGCGUUUGAAAUUAGUUUUGCGAUUGAAAAGUUUUGUUGCAGGAAUCGCACUGGAUGAAGGUGCUAAUGGAGUGGGAGUCAGGUAAUAUCUCAACGAGUAGAAAUUGUGUAUGUUUAUGAAGAGAGUUCUGCGUUGUGAAACAGUUAAUCCAAGUGUUACACCAAAACAAUUUGUCGGGCUUUUGUGUUUGGCUAGGCUUGAUUUUGUUUUAAAAGGUUUAAUACGAAUGUCGCAGAGGAAAGUUCUAGCAGCAGACGACACUGUCUGGAAGAGAAAAAUGUCUUAAGACAGAUGUUUUGGUUUGAUCAUCAAACAUUAUGUGCUUCUGUGGAGACAUGAUCGGAGUUGGUAGGAUGGCUUCAUAGUGGUCAUUGUCCAAUUGUCUUGAGUGCACUGUAGCAUUGAUAAUCUUAGAGAGAGUUUGAAUUUCGGGCUCACCACCAAAAACGACAGAUGUUGACAUGUAUUGAUAGUACUCUUGAUUUUUUGGUGAUAGCUUGAGUUGCAGUGAAAAGAAGUACAGGAAGAGCGUCUCCAAAUCUGUCCCAACGUGAUGCAACGAGUUCUACUGCCUUAUUGAGAGUGCACUGCCUUCAUCAACCGCUUGUGUCAAGAUAUAACUCAAUGCUAGGAACAGGCAGUAGCCGGAUCCCGGCACAGAGAUAACUUUGAACAAAUAUCCAUUGACAGAUAAAAUUUUAUGGUUCAUUUUAUAAUUCAUUUUAUUAACUAUUUAAGAAACCAAUGAUUCUUGUAGCAAGCAUCUCUUUAUUAAAAAAAAAAACUCCCAUACUAACACAUUUGCAAGACGCCAUUUGUUAUAUACAAAUAUGCGUCAAACAAUACACAGCAUCUGGCAAUGUGCGAACUCCAUGUACUAAAGUUACUUGACAAAUCCUGAACUCAAGUAACGCAUAUUUAAGAAUCCCAAUUUUUGCCACUCUCCUUCCCACAUGAUACUUACUUCAAACUUUUUAUUUCACGUCCAUGAACUAUGUUAAUAUUCCGAUAUCUAUUAAAUACCUUGAUGUCCCAACAACUUUUAAACCGAUUUUCGUUUUACAUCUUACUUAAAGUGAGAAGAUUUCAUUUUCCGAAAAGAAAGUAUAUCAUUUGGCUUAGUUAUCAUGAUUAUAUAUUGCGCGCUAUUGAACUCAUUAUUGAACAAUACUUUCUUACAAAAAUUGAGAUGAAUUAGACACACACAAUUUGUGUCAAUAUAACAAUAUAUGUUAAGAUUAAAUAAUAACUGUAUAUAAUACACAAAUAAACGUUAUGGCACAUGUCUUCAUUAGUAUAAAACAAAAGGUUUAUAUAAGUAUAAAACAAAUUAACAUAAUAUAUAUACACAUAUAUCCAACCCAAAAAUGAGAUAAAAAAUAGGAGUGGGCACAAAAGCCAGAAAGAAUCAAAAUAAAUAAGAAUGGAAAGGACGUGAUCUGGAAAAAAACAACAACAAAAAACGAAGCAGGAAAAAGACAUGGCAGCUGCGUAAAAUUGUGAAUUUGGUUUAUCUUGUUUGGAGUCAACGUAUAAAAUCUUGUCUUUAAUUUAUUCUCUCUAUAGAUCCUAUCAGGUGUGUUACUAGUAUACAGUAUACCAGUAACUGCGAUGUCUAAAAUUCCAUCAUUGUUAGGGCUAUUGAAAUGUUUGAAGACAAGACAGAGAGCUUGUUUAUUUAUGUCAUAGAGGUGUACUCUGAACCAGUUCUCAAGACGACGACCUGCCUCUCCCACGUAUAAUUUACACCUCUUUUACAAUAAUUGGUGUAAAUCACUUUGUGACUUGUGCAGGUAAAUCCAUCCUUUAUUCUGAAUAUUUUCAGAGGGAAAGUGAUAUUAUAAUCGUCAAUCACGUAGGGAUAUGUGUUACAUCGGCUAGGUUGCAACUUUUGGUGUUUUAAUGAGCUUCAAUAGCAGGGAGCCGGCUUCUAACUAGCAUGUCUCUAAAGAUGUUGUUCCUCCUGAAAGGAACAAGGGGAGGUUUUCUGAAAAUCUCAUUGGUGACAGUGUCUGCCAUAAGAAUUGAGCGGUGUUUCAUAACCAGAGAAAGAGCUUUUAGGUUACAGGGAUUAAAAGUUAAAAUACAUUUAGACCUAUGCCCAGUGUCAGAACGAGUAGCUUGAAAAUAAUCCUGUCUAGUCAUACCUUUAAUAUGAGUGACAGAUCUCGUUGUUGUUAUGAUGGAUUGCUGGUCAUUGUAGGAUAUUCAAUGUUUUACUUGUUGUGUGCUGCUGAGUGUUUUCCUGGAAAAUCUUGACUGUUAUUCAUAUUUUAUAUACCAGAAAUAGUUGACGGAAUUUUUAAAUUGCCAAGGUGAAUAAACUUAUAGCUUGCAACAAACCAGUUAGUGUUUAGUGUCUUUGUAUCCGUUUAUAUCAGUUGUACUGGCCCGUGGGACGAAGUGGGAGGAAAUACCCCCAAAAAAUAAUAAUCUGUCAUCAGGGUUAGAUGAGCACACGACAGUAAGAUCUACAUCUCGUCAUCUCUUCAAACAUUAAGAAUUAUUUGUAAUAUACUCUCAAACAAAUUCAAUAAUUAGGCAUCAGUCCACGUGUCACACUAGUAGCGUAAUAUAUAUUAUAUAUACAAGUUUAUAGAUUUUAAAAGUAUACUAUUAAGCUUGAAAUGAAGAGUCAAAUUAAUUAAUAUUCUCGUUAUCCUCUCAAUAUACUCAUUUAAAUUUAACAAACAUCGCUCGAAAGCUUCAAGGCUGCCCUGGUAUCUGCUAGGAGCUGUUCGACUAGCAACACAAUUCCCCCAACCGUUGCACAGAUGGCAGUAUAUGGAUGCAGCGACGAACACUACCAGAACCAGACCAUUGUAUUACAUGAAUUAACAAUAGUUUUUUUAAAGUAAUGUAUUUCCUUUUAUGUUCCUUGGUAUAGUUGGAGUAACCGUUAGCGAUUUGCCGCAAGACAUAAGGCGGGCUAGUGGAAAUGGUUUACCCUUAUCCUGGCGGUUCUUACGAUCCCAAGAAAACGGAAAGACAAUUGACGCUCAUCCCGGAAUCCCGAUAAAUCCUUUGGAAAAAAAUGCCAUUAACAUACGUAUUAUAAAUAGACUAUGCAAGAGGUUUUUUUUUUUAUAAUGGCUUGAUUGCUACAGCGUAUUAAUGUAUGAACACCGAAGUUAAGGGUAGAUGACAGGUUGAUCCCUUGCACCAAGUUGUUAUACUCUCCCCUGCCUGGUCCUAGUCAUUAGUAACUAGUAUUGACUUUCGCAUUUUUAAAACAUCACACGUUCUAGUCGCGAAUAACUUACGAAAUAUUUACAACUACUUGUAACAAGGGUUAGAUUUAAUUAAACCACAGAUACAAUUGUUAACACAUGUACCUAUGUAUGUAGAUAUCAUACUAUGUUGAUUUUAUAAGGUACAAAAGUCAUCCACGUAAUACGAUGAUAUUUUUACACAUGACCAGCCUGGUAUAAUAUAAAGGUGGUUUGACCUUCUUGUUAAAAUAUAAUGUUAGUUUAACAAAUGAACAGUCUGGUACAAUAUGAAGAUAGUUUGACAAAUGACAGAAUGGUAUAAAAAAUGUUCUAAGACAGUUUUUUGCAAAGUCAUUGGUCAAAAGGUCCAAAAAUCCCCAGCAGGAUGAUUAUAACAUUUUCUAGAGCAAAAUUUCUUUUCCAGAACAUGUCAAGAACCAUAUUUUCGGAGCAAAAACCGAUUUGUGGCUGACUUGGCCGAGCCGCAGUCAGGGGCGCUAAAAAGCCGCAUGCGGCUCGUGGGCCUUGAUUUUUCGACCACUGUUCUAGGGCAAAGAUGGCUAGAUCUUGAAUACGGUAGUGAAGAGAUUCAUGUUAGGUCGUCGGGUGACACAAUACGCUAAAAGAAAUGUUGGUCUAGUACAUAAAUAAAUUGGAGAUAUUUUUUUUCAAAACCAUCUGAGCAUCUGUCCCUGGUUAAAGUGAUCAGCUGUAGCAAUCUAUAACUUGCUGAGAUUUUUUUAAACGUAUAAUGAUAGUCAUUACUUGGGUUUUACGCUGAUGGAACUUUUUCCUAACUAUCAUCCCAGAUCCCGGGGUUCUAUGAUCCCGUUUGAGAAACACUAAUGGAUGUCAAUGUGGUGGGCUUCGAAUUUAUUCCUUAACACAGUAAAUCCACUGACUGAUUGAUCGUCCUCUGUCAUUUAAUCCGGAGGGUGAGGUAAUUUUAAUGGCUAUAAUUUAAAAUUGUACUUUCUUUUCUCUUUUUUUUCCUCAGGAAAAUGCAACAGAAAAGAUUCCUAUUAUGUCCAUGGCGCUUGUUUCUUUCUAAGACAACAGAAAGCUACCUAUGAUAAUGCUAAGGUAAAAUAGGCGAAAAUUUUAAUGAACACUUUUAUUCUUCUUAAAAACGUUGCCUUUAAAAAAAAAAAAAAAAAAAAAAAAAUGAAAUACGAAAAAAAAAUGAUGCUUUUAAUCGUUAGCGUUGACUUCAGUUUUUAUGUAAAUUAAAAUAUUAUUUUAAUCCUAAAUACAAACUUCAUUUAAUAUUCAGCCACUUAUGCAUCAUGCUUAUAUUCUUUACUUAGAUUUCACUUCAUAGAUUAAAAUUUUACAUUAAUUGUUAAAGGAACAGUAUUCAUGUCAGAGUAGAUGUGUUACAUUUAGCAUAGGUGUGUAGGCUUGCAGCCAUUUUACUUUUUUUUUAUAUUAUAAAACAAAAUUAAUUUAUGUGCAAUUAAAAAAAGGGGGCAUAGAAAACCCGAGCACAAUUAAGUAGGAUCGAACGUAGAACUGCAGAACGUACAGGUCAAUCGCACGGCUGCCAUGCAUGCAUUUAAAUACAUCGUUUUUAUACUGCAUGUUUUAAAUGAUAUUACUCUUACCCCCCCCCCCCCCGCCCCCCGGGCCACUUUUUCCCCAUAAAGGCUGAAUGCAUAACAGAAGGAGGUGAGCUGGCUUUGGUUAAAACAGAACAACAUUUGAAUAAAAUACCUGAACUUAGGCAAAUAUUUAAGCAUCGUAAGUAUUUUUAAUGCACAUAAUAUAUUAACUUUAUUUUUAUUUUUUUUUUGAAAUGCUGACUGUAUUAAUUAUGAGACAAAUAACCAUUCAGUUACUGUGGAUUUGUGAUAAUAGUUUAUGACUAUAAUGAAUUCUUAAACUUGAACGGGCAUGGGGGAGAAUUUCAAGCGUUUUAAUUACUUGUAUAAAAACGUAUAUUUUAAAUUAUUGAUAUGAUUAAAAUUCAUUAUUUAAAAGCUUAUAACUCAAGCAACAGGAAUAAUAAUAAAGAUAACUUUAAUGCUAAUAAUAAAUUGAUCCUUGCAACGCCUCUAACAAUAGCAGAACUUUUCUUAUGUCUGUUCAUCUUCAGUGGAGUCAAGCCCUGGCAGAAAAAAAAAAAUAAUAGCGUAAUUACGUUAGAAUACGAAGGUAUUUAUUUCUUAGAAAGAAAAAAAAUGGUGUGGCUCAGUUCCCGAGCGUUACUGCAGGGCUCAAUCCCUGAUUUAAAAAAACAACAACUUAAAGCCGAUGAAGAUUGUCUGAACCACAAUAUCGAAACAAUUCAUCAGAACAUUAAUUAAAAUGUUGCUCUUUAUCAAAAAUAUAAAUAAUUGAAUCUUAUAAUACAAUCAAUUACAUUUUGUACGAUGAAUUAUACAGUACUCCAUUGGUGUGUGUCUCUCUGUGGGCGUGCUUGUGCGUAUGGCUGUGAUGGUGUGUGUCUCUCUGUGGGCGUGCUUGUGCGUAUGGCUGUGAUGGUGUGUUUCUCUGUGGGCGUGCUUGUGCGUAUGGCUGUGAUGGUGUGUUUCUCUGUGGGCGUGCUUGUGCGUAUGGCUGUGAUGGUGUGUCUGAGUCUGAGUGUUGUUGUGGAUAUUGUAUUUACUAGCAAAAUUGAGAAAAAUGAAACUUUUGACCAAACAAAAAAAAAAAUACCUCUUAAAACAUAUCCAUUUUUUUAAUUUUUUUAAAAGACAACGGCGCAUACCAGGAUAGAGAAAAAAGUUACUAUGCAAUUAUUGAGACGUGCUCUGGCUUAACUACGUCUGUUUUCUUGCAGCUUAUAACGUUUGGAUUGGCGCACGGUACAAUGUAAAGAGCGGUAAAUGGAUCUCCGAAGCGACGGGGGCACCAGUGUUUGGCCUGGGUCAAUUUGUUGGCUCAAUAGGCAAACCCAAAGAGGACUCUUGUGGAGCCGUAUUGAUGGGCUAUGGAGACAGGUGGAUCGAUGCACGAGCGUGUAAAUCAACGUUUGUAUUUCUUUGCACGGAGCGAAGAGGCAAGUAAAGUGUUUUGAUAUGGAAUGUUUACGUUACAUCUCUUUUUUUUUUUAGCUUCUUUCUUUCUUAAAUGUAUGUUUGGUUGUUAAAAUAGUAACAUGUGUGUAACCAAGUAUAGAAUAAAAUGUGAAUGGUAUAGUAAAACUUAUGGCUGGAUAAUUAUUCAGGAAAUUCAAUUUUAAAACCUUUAAGUAACUAAAGAAAUGGAUUUUUAAUUAUAUUAAUGGUGUAUGUAAGAGAAAGGAACUUAUUAACACAUAAUUUGAUUUAUUUAAAAUAUAUUUUAAAAAAUUUAAUUCAAAGUAUAAUAUAUUAAAAACAUUUUUUUUUCUGAAAAUUAUGCACUAUUUUUUAUCAUUUGAUUUUUAAAUAAUGGAUACAAAAUUUCAUAAUUCAUUAUUUUACUUAAAGGAAAAAUUAGCGAAACUACGCACAAUAUUUAAAACAUUCAGAUCUUUUUUAAAGUAUCUUUAAAUUUGAAAAAAAAAAUUCGAAUUUAAUAUUUUUUUUUUUUUAAAUUUACACUACGAUCGUAUAUUUUUGUUUACAUAGUUUUAUCUUAAAAUGUGAAAGAUGUAUUGCGAAGUCCAUCAAUGAUGAGUAAAUAAGAAGGCCAUAACUACACCUCCCAGACAAAAAAGAAUAUUGUAACGCCAUAUCCACACUAACUUCCUUAGAAUAAAGUGAGGACAAUCCCAAUGAACAGACAGACAUCUUAAAGACCUCUCAACACUUCCGACUUAAAGUGUUCCUCUUUUCUCUUCCACAGUUUCCCCAGUUAGCCCGACCUGCAUUUCCGAAAUGAUUUCUGCAAGUGAAGCUACAAAUUCUACAAACGAGGAGAAUAUGGUUCCAGACACUCCAGGGGCUGACAUAAACACUUCAAAGGAAAUAUCGUCUGAAAUAACCGAAAAGGACAAUGGAAUAUCGUCUAGCCCUGAAAACGGAGAGAAAGCAGAAGCCCACACCUAGCUCUAAAAAAAAAAGAUAAAGAAGGAGCUAACACGCCUAUAUCAGUAAACACAGAGAAAGUAGAAGUCAACACACCUAGAACUGAAAACACAGAAACCGUAGAAAUUGGUAUGAAAACAAAGAGAUCGUUCAAACAAGCUCACCUUGUAAAGUUUCCUCAAUUAAAGUCGCCAGUCAAGUGUCUAGAUGUUAUAAAAAUAUUAAUAUACAACACACCAUAACAUUAUUUGCCAAAAGCGAAGACGGUAGCACCACUUAGGGAAAUUUCAUCUUUUUUCCCUUAAGUAAAAAAUUUUAAACAAAGUCUACAACACAAUUUAUUUGCAAUGGAUAUCAAAUGAAUAAAUGAAACAAAUUUUAAUUUUUAGAAAAAAAAAAUUGAAGCUAUGCAACAAAUAUUGCUUAAUGUAUUUGAAUGAUACAUUUUAGUCAUUUGAUUUCAACUAGGGUAUGAAC